AAUGCAUAUUAAAUGUAUGCAAAUUACUUAAUUAAUAUACAAUUUCAAUAACACAUAAAUAAAAAAUUAUGGAAAGUAAACAAGUGACUAUAUUUUUAUGUAUCGACUCAAAAACUGCAAAUAUACCAUACACAGACAAAAUAAAUUGUGAGCAAAUUGUUCUUCAUGUAUGUAAACAAUUAGGAAUUGGUCCAUUGGCACGUCAUUUAUUUUCAUUACGAAUAUUUAAUACAAAAAUUUGGCUGCCAUUAAAUGGUGAAAUAAUAACAGACGCAAAAUAUGAAUUUCGUAUACGAUAUAAGGUAGCCAGUUUACAGCGAUUGAAGAAAAAUGAUAUAAAAGCUUACGAUUAUUAUUUUCAACAAGCUCGUUACGAUGUACGUAAUUACAUGAUUGAGGAUAUUAUUUACGAUAAUGUUAAACGGGAAUUACUUGGUUUGGGAGUGGCUGAUAUGUAUAGGGUGAUGAUUGAAAAGGAUUUAUCAGUUGAUGCUGUUUUAAAUGAUUAUAAAAAGUUUAUAUCAAAAGAAGUGAUUAAACAUCAUAAGUUUUUCAUCAAGAAGCCUGUACGUGAUUCUUUGACCGAAAUUAUUAAGCGGGGACAUGAUGCUUGGUUUGUUAAGGGUGAAUAUCUGAAACAAUUUGAUUUGAUGGCACCCGAAUAUUUAACUGAAGAAUAUAGUGCGUUAAUGGAUCGAGAUGGAGCUCCAUGUCGAGUUAUUUUACGCGUAUCACCGUACAACAAAGAUUUUUCUGGUAUACGUGUUUGCUAUGAUUCGCAUAGGAAAGAGUGGGAACAAAUAUCCGCUAUUGAAGAUUUAUGUUUUAUUUCAAUAAGUCAAGAUGGUACUGUACAAAUAUCACGUAAAAAUGGAAUUCCAACAUAUUUAAAAUUUGAAUCGUUUCAAAUAAUGCAAUCGUUUAUUAGUCUGUUGGAUGGUUACUAUAGACUGAUGGUUAAAUGGACAUUUAAUUUAUGCAAGGAAAUGCUAACGCCAACAUUAAAACGAUUACAUGAAUUAAAAUGUCAUGGACCUGUUGGGGGUGAAUUUUCUUAUGCAAAAUUGGAAGAAAAGAAACAAAAUCGACGUGGAUGCUAUAUUUUAAGAGAAAGUGAAAUUAAAUAUAAUGUAUACUAUAUUGAUGUCUGCACAAAAACUGGAGUCAAACCAAAAACGUACAAAUUGGAAAAAAUGAAUGAUGAAGAAUAUAUUUUCAAUGACGAUGUAACAAGAUACAAAAGUAUAUCAGAGUUACGAAAGGCCUACAAUAAACCAGAUUCACCCAUUUAUUUAAAUGAAUGUUUACCUCCAUCAGAAUAUGAUAAGUCACCACUUUUACUAUGUUUACCUGAAAAUAUGUAUACUGAAGCGUUAACUGAUAGCGAUGCAGUUACAGCAAUAAGUGCUUAUCCAAUUGUAAUUCAACCUUCAAAUUUACAAAUAUAUAAAGGUCAAAUGAAGGAGAGUGCUAAUGGAGUAAUAGUUGUUUAUCGUAGUAUGUGGCGGCUAGCUAAAGGGAAAAAAAUCGAAGUUGCUUUAAAAGUUUUAAGGGCAAAAGAAAAUGAAGGCAGUUAUCUGAAGGAGUUUAUGCAACGUGCUGGACAGUGGGCUGGUUUACGAGAAGGUGCAAAAGGGAUUGUACGUUUAUGGGGUAUAUCGCUAAGUUUACCAACAGCUUUAGUUUUAGAAUAUGCAAAAUUAGGACCGUUAUCACAAUAUUUAACUGAAUGUCGAAAUGGUGAUCGUGAACCAUUAGAUCCAGGAGAUUUAUUGGAAGCUGCUUCGCAUUUAGCAUCUGCGCUUUAUCAUUUGGAGGAACAUCAUUUAGUACAUGGAAAAAUUCGUUGCAGUAAAUUAUUAGUAUUUUCUCAUGAUGAAAAUUCAUUUGUUGUUAAAUUAGCAGAUUCUGGAAUACAUACACCUUACGUCCGUGAAGAUAUUCAUUGGUUACCUAUUGAAUGUUAUUCAAAUUUUGAAUUAGCAUGUAAAUCACAUAUGGCGGAUGUUUGGGCUUUUGCAACAACUGUUUGGGAAAUAUAUAUGUUAGGUGAACAAAAAUUCUUCAAUGAUAACGUCGAUGCUAUGGAAUUAUAUGUAUCAGGAGUUCGCUUACGACAGCCAACAAAAUGUCCAGAUUUUAUUUUUAAAAUAUUAUUAGAAUGCUGGCAUAAAGAUCCACAUCAUAGAAAGAAACCACAAGCUAUCAUGCGAGAUAUAAAUCAAUUAUUGCUUGUAUUUAAUUCACGCCGUAAACGUCCAUACGCAACCUUAUUUACGAAAAAUUUCUCAGAAACAUCAAGUUUGGCAAGCGUAUAUACAGAGAAUACUGUGUUAAGUCAACGUGAUGAACUUUUGAGUUUCGAUGAAGUUAGUGACAUGGAGAAUAAAUUAUCGAUUGGUUCUGAAUUGAGUGAUAGUAGUUUUGCAUCGUCGUCACAGUGGUCUAAUUUACAAGAUUUGGGAAAUAAUGAAUUAGUGAGUAGUUCUUGUGAAACAUUAUUUUCAAAUUUGGUAUGCACAAAUUCAGCGUCAAAUGAUGGUAUUGGCACAAUUCAAACAAUUUUUGAAUUAGAUUCUAAUUUACAAUUGAUUAAACAACGAAAAAUUGGUAGUGGCUUUUACGGAGAAGUAUUUUUAGGUGAUUUAGGUACAAAUGGUGGUGAAUUACGACCAGUAGCUGUUAAACAAUUAAAAGCAGAGCAUCUGUCACUAAGUACAAUAGCAGAUUUUGAACGGGAGAUAUCAAUUAUGAAGAAAUUACAACACCCUAAUAUCGUGCAAAUAUUAACAUCUUUGGAAGCAGAGAAUUACUUAAUUAUUAUGGAGUAUCUACCACACGGAUCUUUACAAUCAUAUUUGAAAAUUUACCGUGAAAGUAUAACAAAUAAACAAUUGAUGCAUUAUGCAUUAGGAAUAGCUAGGGGAAUGGCAUAUUUAGCUCAACAACAUAUUGUACAUAGAGAUUUAGCAGCAAGAAAUGUUUUAGUAGUUGAUGAAAAUCAUGUUAAAAUAUCAGAUUUUGGAUUAGCUCAAUUUGUUGGAAAAAAUGAAUAUUACAUUUUAAGAACCAAUCGUGAUUUACCUAUUAAAUGGUAUGCUCCAGAAAGUUUACGUGAUGGUAAAUUUUCUAUCCGUUCGGAUGUUUGGUCGUAUGGUGUUACGUUAUUUGAAAUGUUUUCAUUUGGAGAAGAACCUAAUUUACGUAAUUUAAAAGAAGAUGAACAAGGACAGCAGUUGCAACAGAAUAUUUUGGAUGCUUUAGAAAGAGGAUUAAGAUUGCCGUGUCCUGCAAAUUGUCCUCAAUCAGUGUAUGCUAGAAUAAUGUAUUCAUGUUGGAAUAUUGUACCCAAUGAAAGGCCUACUUUUUCUGAAUUAUCGGCUGGUAUACAAGAUUUAUUAAAUACAAUGGGUGAAUAAAUAUUUGAAGAAUUUGAAGAUGUUUUGGAGUAAAAAAUGAACGCACACUAAAUUUCAUGGACAUCGAAUCGCGACUUCGUAUUUACAGUCACUUUUGAAUGUUUGUUGUAUCUAAACUAUCAAUUAAUUGAAUGUAACUCACUUUUGGAAGCGGUAAAGAGACGGAU